UCCAAAUGUGGAAAGACUACCUGCAGCUGGCUUCGGUCAUCAAGGCCAUGGCAAAGGCUGAGAUUUCUGAAUCACCUCUUCUAAAGGAUUCCCUGCUGAGUCCUGCUGAAAAGCCAGUGGGUGAUGCCAUAAAUCAAAAAAAUGUUCCUGUUCAGCCACACUCCUUCCGUGCAUACUCUCUAUACCGGCCCAAGAGUUUUUCUGACUAUGGGAUGAAUCAUAACUCGCAACCUACCAGUUUCUAUCGUCAAGAUAAUUCACCGCUUCAUUCUGAGGAUAAAGCUACUGCUUUUCAAGCUUCGCAGACUCAACCAAAUUCACUGCCAACCUACCAUCAUGGGCAACCUAAUGCUUAUCAAACCAAGGCUUCUGUGAAACAGAACUCAUCACCUCCACACGGAGAGACUUUAAAUGGUGGCAUUUGCUGCUUUUGCAAACAUAAUGGUGAGUCGCGCCAUAUCUACAUGGGCCACAAGUUAAAGGAUGAGCAGGGCAGAGUUGUUUGUCCUGUCCUAAGAAUGUACGCCUGCUCACUAUGUGGGGCCACAGGAGACAUAUCACACACCAAGAAGUAUUGUCCCCUCAACAAGGACAAACACUGUCUGUACAAAAGAAGUGGACGCAACUCCGCUGGGCGAAAGGUGAAACGCUAAAGACAAAAAUGCUGCCGGUGAAGGACAUUUAAUAUUGUUCUGAUGCUCUUCUGUGCAAAGCCAAAGAUCAAGCUUGUCCUUACUCAGAGGCUAAUGGUCUGGCCUAUAACAUAAUCAAUCUGCAAAAAUCUAGCAGAGAACUGAGACUUUUUUUUUAGGCUUUUCUUUUGUAUUUAACAUUUUUACAGUGAAGAGCUGUAUUUGGCUGUCCCUGGAGGAGUAUUUAUGUUCUGUUAAAAUUACUUUUGAGUGUUCUUCACUUCGGCCCUGAAGGUCUGUAAGGACCAUUUGUAAAUGUUUAAUACUUGUGCAAAAAAGUGUUUUGUUGAAACUUUUCAAUAAAUACAUUUUUUUUUUC